GUAACCAUCCAUCAGCACCACCUGCCCUAUUAAUACCCGGGCGCGUUCCUGGCCACUUCUGCUCACCAUGCAAGCCUUCGGUGAGGAAUGUCUCUACGGCGCUCUGUCGCUUUUGCGGCCCACACACUUACGAUUCCAGUGCCCAAGAAUCGCCGCCCCAAGUUUGAGCUCCACCUGAAAAUUAUCGACCUCAACAACGUACCGCUCGUCUCGGGAACCUCCAUCAUCAAGUGGUACCUCCCGCACUCGACAGCUGCAGAGCACCGCGGCCGCACCGAAAAGCGCGUGAUUAAAGACCACAAGGUCGCCUAUGAUUACUCGAUCAAGCUCCCCGUCCGACUCACCGUUGAUAAGAAUGGCAUGUUACAGGAGAGUUGGAUUGUCUUUGAGGUCCUGCAGGAAUAUUCGGCGGGUGGCAAAGGCGAGAGGAUUACACUGGGCAAUGUGAAGCUCAAUCUGGCCGAGUAUGUGGAGCAGAGUGAAAUGGCUGGGGUGGAGGGAGAGGAUGUUGGAGUCACCCGGAGAUAUCUAAUGCAGGAGAGCAAGAUCAACAGCACGCUCAAGAUCAGCAUCUACAUGAAGCAAAUCGAAGGCGACAAGAACUUCAUCGCGCCUCCAUUGAAGACAGCGCAGGUGUUUAGUGGUAUUGCUGGGAUUGUCUCGGGAGAACAGGGCGAUUCAGAGGAUGCUGGCGCUGUUCCGACACUUAAUACUAAAUCCCGCGAAACCGGCGAACUGCAGGAUAUGUAUAGACGGACGUUAGCUGCGUACUGGUCGGCUCAGCCAGGGGAGCUUAAAGCAGAUGAAUGCAUUGAAGACAUCUUCGCUGGCGGAGAUGGCUGGGGGGAUCGAGAGAAGCCGUACGACCCCUCCAAGCAGCGGGCAAUAACGUUUGUUGGGGGCGACAGUAGCGGAUCCAUGAGCGAGAGCGACUCUCGGACCAAGCGUGGAAGCAUCCACCGCAAAUCGCAUGAGACUCUAAGACCUGGCGAUAUCAUCAUGAACUCGCCAGGUGGGGUACGCGGGAGAGGGAGCUUGGGGCAACAAGCGCAUCAGAUGAAGGUGGAAGCGGAUAGGAAACGACACAGGACUGCUCAUGAAGUAGAUGAAUUUGACAUGAGGGAAGAUUUAUGUAGUUGGAAGAUGCCU